AAGAGAGAGAGAGAGUGAGAUACAGAGAUACAGAGAUACAGAGAUACAGCGAGCCAGGAAGACAGGAAGAGACAGCAAGACAGAGAGAGACACACACACACACACACACAGAUAGACACACAGAGACGUAGACACAGGUCUGGGACACACUCCGCCGCUGUCUGUCUUUCAUACUGUACACAACAGUCGCUUUCCCCCGCAGCUUCCUCUUCACGAUAAUCCUCCUCGGGUCUUUUUUCUCUCCUGCCUCCUCUUCCUCUCCUGGCUGCGGGCGCAUGCUCACACUCAGAGACGGUGCAGUUUUCCGGAGCUCAGAGACACUGACCGUUUUUAAAGAUGACCACCUCGUGGAGUGACAGACUGCAGAAUUAUGCAGACUUGCCCGCCAACAUGGACAGGCUGUCGAUGAAGAAGUACAGGAGAGAGCCCUACCACAGGGUGUUUGUCAACAGAAGUUUGGCGAUGGAGAAGAUUAAGUGCUUUGGCUUUGACAUGGAUUACACUUUAGCAGUGUACAAGUCACCGGAGUACGAGUCCCUCGGCUUUGAGCUCACCGUGGAGCGCAUGGUCUCCAUCGGCUACCCCCAGGAGCUGCUCAGUUUUGUGUACGACCCAUCCUUUCCCACCAGGGGCCUUGUGUUUGAUACCAUGUAUGGAAACCUGUUGAAGGUAGAUGCCUAUGGUAAUAUCCUGGUCUGUUGCCACGGAUUCAACUUCCUCCGAGGGCCAGAGAUACGUGAACGGUACCCAAACAAGUUCAUCCAGAGAGAUGAUACCGAGCGCUUUUAUAUCCUUAACACACUCUUCAACCUGCCAGAGACCUACCUCUUUGCAUGCCUUGUGGACUUUUUCUCCAACUGUGACAGAUACACAAGCUGUGAAACCGGCUUCAAAGAUGGAGACCUCUUCAUGUCCUACAAGAGCAUGUUCCAGGACGUCCGCGACUCAGUUGACUGGAUCCACUUCAAGGGUACACUGAAGGAGAAGACAGUUGAGAACCUGGAGAAGUAUGUAGUGAGGGAUGGGAAGCUGCCUCUCCUCCUCAGCAGAAUGAAUGAGGUAGCCAAGGUUUUCUUGGCUACCAACAGUGACUUCAAAUACACUGAUAAAAUCAUGACCUACCUGUUUGACUUUCCUCAUGGUCCCAAGCCUGGUUCCACCCACCGACCGUGGAAGUCCUACUUUGAUCUGAUCCUGGUGGACGCCAGGAAGCCGCUGUUCUUCGGCGAGGGGACGGUGCUCAGACAAGUCGACACGACAACAGGGCGUCUGAAGAUAGGAACCUACACAGGACCUCUGCAGCAUGGGAUAGUCUACUCUGGAGGUUCGUCAGACAUCGUGUGCGACCUCCUGGGAGCCAAGGGGAAGGACAUCGUGUACAUCGGGGACCACAUCUUCGGAGACAUCCUGAAGUCCAAGAAGCGUCAAGGCUGGAGGACGUUCCUGGUCAUACCUGAGCUGGCCCAGGAACUGCACGUGUGGACCGACAAGAGCUUUGCAUCAGACUAUUUCCAAGUAUCGCAGUGCAACAGAAAAAGGACUCAGCAGGGACUUGACCUAGAACAGAAGCUGCAACGUCAGACCUUGUCUUUAUUUGAAGAACUGCAAGGCCUGGAAAUUUUCUUGGCUGAACUCUACAAACAUCUGGACAGCAGCAGCAACGAGAGGCCAGACAUCAGCACUCUUCAGGGAAGAGUCAAGAAAGUGACACACGACAUGGACAUGUGCUACGGCAUGAUGGGUAGCCUUUUCCGCAGUGGCUCCAGACAGACCCUGUUUGCCUCCCAAGUGAUGCGCUACGCCGACCUGUACGCCGCCUCCUUCAUCAAUCUGCUGUACUACCCCUUCAGCUACCUCUUCCGGGCCGCACAUGUACUGAUGCCCCAUGAGUCGACGGUGGAACACACCCACGUGGACAUGGACAUGGAGUCGCCGCUGGCCACGCGCAACCGCACCCACUGCAACGACUGCAAGGACAUGGAGUGCAAACGCAACCAGCUGACCCGCUCCUUCAGUGAGAUCAAACCUCCCAACCUCUUCCCCCAGACCCCCCAAGAGAUCACUCACUGCCACGAUGAAGAUGACGACGAGGAGGAGGAAGAGGAGGAGGAGGAGGAAGAGGAAGAAGAAGAGGAGGAGGAGGAGGAGGAGGAGGAGGAAGAGUAAUAAGGUGGACAUGGAGACGAGAGCCAUAAUCCUGCUCCUGCCUUCCAAUGUUUCCCAGUAGAGUCAGUUGAUCUCUCAGAGUGAGGCAGAGAGGAAACAUCUCCAGUAUGUAUGUGUGUGUCUACUGUAUCAGUACUGUACGCUCACACACAGACACAAACACACACACACACACACACACAUACUCUGAGAUUUGUGAGGAAAGUAUAAAGGACCAGUAGCGAGACAGAUUGUAUGAAGACUUUAUUCAUUCUAGGUCCUCAUAAUGCAACUUCAUUAUAAGAAAAGUAUAUUUGUUUUUGAUUUAAUCUCUGUAUCCUUUCCCCUACACACACACACACACACACACACACACACACACACACACAGACACACACGCACACGUAAAUCGCACAUAUUGUUUAUCAUUCUGUUUUAUAAGUUGACUUUUGAGACCUGCUGGUGGAGUAAACAGACGUUCACUUAAAUCCACCAGACACGGUCAAUAAUCUGUUGUUUUCAUUGCAACACACUGGCCUUGCAGUAUGCACGUUGUAAUCAAACAGAAAAAUAUUUUUUAUGCAACUUGGGAACAACAUUCAGUUUGUCGUGUUUUGCUUCAUUUUGACGAUUUUCUUCAUGAUAGAGGAGUGAUUUCUUCUAACUUGUAUGUCAGUGUGUGUCUGUGUGUGUGUGUGUAUCUGCCAAAGUAGACUCACUCAGACUGUAGCACCCUGAGUGACUGAACCUGAAGCACAGGCCAGCGUGAAGCCGUCAGACACGUGUGGUACGCAAGUGGCUGUCCAACUGAUAUUCUGUCACCUAGCAACCAUCAGAACAGAGUACUGUAACUGUAUCUAAUGCAGACAGUCUCUAUGACAACUUUGAGCUACAGCGAUGUGUCUGUAAAUAGCAUUGGGGGGGGGGGGGGGGUCUCUCCUUCAGCUCGGUUAUUUAGGAGGCUGAAACUCGAUUGUUAUAUUUGAAUAUUUGAGAGGGUUUUAUUUUAGUAGCCGGAUGUAAAAUAAGAGUUUGACGAGUUGAAGCAACUUGACAGACGUGUGAGGUGAAGCUGUGAUAACAGGAGCAUGAACGUGGCCUGUGAGAGAGAGAGUGGAGGUUUAUUCUGGGAUGUACAGUGCAGAGCUCCGUUCAGUACGUGCACCUCGCUUCUCACUGUGAUCAGCUUUCUCUAUGUCCUGAGGCUUUGUUGAGCUUUUGAUCUAACUUGCAUUUUCUUUUUAACUUCACAACAGUUGACAAGCUUAGAACUUUAAGCCCUUGAAUACUUUUAACUCUUUAAAACGAAUGUUUGUGAGUUACCACGGGGCCAUAUUGAAGUGGAAAAAAUACGAUUUUCCAGAAUAAAGUAGUAAUAUGAGAAAAAACAAGGAGAAUAUAGCUGUAAUUUAUUGAGAAAAAGUCAUAUUAAUAUAUUAGUAGUGUAUCAAUAAUUAUAACCAUGCUGGCCCUGGAUCUGCUCCUUCUGGAUCCAAAAUCUAGAUUAACAAUUAUUUAUGUAUUAUUCACGAAACCCCUUCAAAAACCUCGCAGAUGAAACCAACGAUGAUUGUCCAGUCGACCAUUACCAGCGAUGUUCUCCACUAAAGAGACAAUUUCCUCCAAGUCUCUUGUGAUUCUUUCUUCAGGAUAGAUUGAGUUUCUCACUCUAUCUUAUCAAACUCCUGAUACUUGUGAUAAAAUGGUGCAGACGAGUCAAAGUAUUUUGUUAUUUGACGUUUCAUUUAACAAGGUAUUCCACAGUCCUCAUUUUAACACAGGCGAGAGGCUGAUCUUCUUACAUUCCCCCUCUAACACGACACACAAUCUAACAUUCGAUUUUUUUCUCAUAUUAUUACUCUUUUCUAAAUCUCUUCAAAAGCCCCUAAUACUACGUUGUAAUGAAUGAAUAAGCAAUAUCAAAAUGUAUGAAGAGGGUUAGGUAUACGUUAUUAAUAGUUUAUCUGUCAACAACAGUUUACCUGCUUCAUCACGACCGUGUAGUUUGAUUUGAGUGACAGUUAAUGUUUUGAUGUACAUUUUCAAUCUGCAUAAAAAGGAAAGCCUUCAGUGGAAGAACUGUUUUCUCCACCGACCUGAGGAGGCAGAGGUGAUGACUCACAGCUGAUGGAGUGGGAUGCAAACAAACGUAGGGAUUAAAGUAGAAUGAACAAGCAAGGGACUCUGAGGAAGAUGUAAACCAACAAACAGUGGAUAAAAUCAUCUGUGUGGAGCAUUAGGAGACUUUAACGUUUUCCAGAUUUGUACCUGACACAAGCACAAAUUUUACUUUUCAAUCACAUUUUUCACAAAGUUUUGAUUUGUGUCAUGUUUGACCUCGGCUCUUCUAAAUGCUGCUGGAGAGGUUUAACAUUGUCACAACCACUGGAGACUAUUCUCAAGCUUAGAAAGGAAUGAACAGUGGUGGAUGCAAUCGUACAAGAAUUCACAUGUUCUUUUGGAACGAAGUUGAAAUUUGACCUAAAUUGGGAUGGAAACUUGGCAAGUGACCAAACAGCUGUCAUCACAUUUUGAUUGAAAUCGUUGCCGAGUCCUGAUUGGUGCCAGGAAGCAUGUGAAAUCUCCUCUAUCCCAGCCCCUGCCUACUUCAACCUGGUGGGAAAAAUGUUCUCAUGUCCUAGUAUUCAAAUGCAUCAGUGUUGGUUUUCAAAACGCUAAACGAGAACUACGUGAAUAUCAAACCUGGUGACUUGUUUGUUUUCUUUCCGUCUCUUUUUUAACAUGCAGUGUUCCCUGUAGGUUAACGUUUUCUAUUCAGUGCUGACGUGCUUCAGUCCUGUAAAUGUCCGCUCGUUGAUUUAGGCCAGCAAAGGGAAGAAAUGUGUCGCUACGGUAACACAAACACCCCUUUUUCCUCUUUUGUCCCUUCUUUUUUCUACACAACUGAAAUACUGUGUUUGUAUUCUCGGGCGUGAUUUUUGUUUCUUGAAUGACUGGAUGUGCUACACGAGGCAGCUGCAUUGCUUAUGAGAAUGACUAUUUUCUUUGUAUAAUUUGCAUAUGCAUGUGAAAAUAAUCGGUUCUGCCACGGUAGCAUUUGUGUUUUCUUUCUCAUGGACGGUAUCAUUUUAAGGACAAGCUUCUUUUUUGGACAUUGUAGUUUACACAAGGCGAAGAAACAUCAUCUAAAUCUGUAAAAACAAAACUUACAAUGAAGGGAAAUGUGAAUAGCAUGUUAAGUACCGUAACUUGUAAUCAACACCAUGGGCUUAUUUUUAUUUUAUUUUUCUAAGCUAGUGUUUUUUUUUAAUGGUCUUGGUUUACACAUCUGUAAUGAGAUCGUUCCAUUUCCUUUUCUUAUCCUCUUUGUUCUUCAAACUGUUUUCUGUUUUUAUAUACUGUACCACAGUGGUCGACCUAAAGCCUGGUGAACAGCUCCACUGUUGUAGAAGACUUUUAACCUUUGUUGUGAUGCAUCCACACUAACAUCCGGUGCCAAAACAGUCACCUGUCUCUCUGUAAACCACAGGGAUCUUUGGUUUUUAUGCAUAUCAAUAUGUUCUCCUGAACAGUGUUUCGUUUGUUUGUUUCCAGAAACUAGCCUACAAACUGUACAUUGAGAAAAAUACAUAAAAAAUGUAGAAUAAAAAUAGUUUUUCAUAA